AUGGCAAAGAAGAAGUCUAAAAGUAGAUCCAAGAGUUCUAGAAGAGCUUUAGAUGCUUUGCAGCUGGCCGAGAGAGAGAUUAAUGGUGAAUUUGACAAUUCCAGCGACAAUGACAAAAGAAAUGACGCUCGCCGUAACGGUACUGUUGUCAACUUAUUGAAAAGGGCAAAGGGUGGCGCCGACAGUGAAGAUGAAGAUGUUGGGUCUGAGUCAUUUGAAGAUGAAGAGUUAAACUCCGACGAAGCUCUGGGAUCUGAGGAUGAUUAUGACGUUUUGAACUCUAAAUUCUCACAAACUAUUCGUGAUAAGAAAAGCGAAAACGGUGCUUACGAGGAGGAAGAAGACGAAGGUGGGUACACUUCUAUUGACGAGGAAGACUUGAUGCCAUUAUCUCAAGUGUGGGACAUGGAUAACAAGACCGCGCAAAGCAAUGAUUUUGAUAAUGAUGAUGAAGAUGCUUCUCCGCAAUUAAAGUUGCAAGACAACGAUGUCAGCUCUGAAUCAAGUAGUUCAGGAGAAAGCGAAUCCGAAGAGGACGAAGAUGAUGAAGACCCCUUCGAUGAAAUCUCGGAAGAUGAAGAAGAUGUGGAGUUAAAUACAAUUACUUCUAAGCUUAUUGAUGAAACAAAAAGUAAAGUUCCAAAAAGACUGGAUUCGUAUGGUACUGGCGAAGCUAACGAGUUUGUUUUGCCUUCUGUAAGCGCAACCAGUGGAUCUUCUGGGAAGUUAAGUUUGGCUGAUAUGAUGAACGCCGUGGAUGAUAGACAAGUCAUUGAAAACGUGAAUUUGCUAAAGGGUAAAUCUUCCACUUAUGACGUCCCCUUGCCACAACGUAUACAACAAAGGCACGAUCGUAAAGCCGCGUAUGAAAUCUCUAAGCAAGAAGUGAGUAAGUGGAAUGAUAUCGUCCAACAAAACAGAAGGGCAGACCAUUUAAGUUUCCCAUUGAAUAAACCCACUGAGCAUAAUCAAGCCUCAGCUUUCACUAGAACUCAAGAUGUCGCACAAACAGAGUUACAAGAGAAGGUUGACCAAGUCUUACAGGAGAGUAACUUGGUCAAUCCAGAAAAGAACUCCACUUUUGAAGAGUUAAGCACUGCGAAGAUGACAUCUGAGGAAAUGAGAAAGAGGACCACCGAAAUGAGGUUGAUGAGAGAGUUAAUGUUCAGAGAAGAGAGAAAGGCUAGGAGAUUAAAGAAAAUAAAAUCGAAAACAUACCGUAAAAUCAAAAAGAAAGAAUUGAUGAGAAAUAGAGAAAUGGCCGAUAUUUCCAGUGAGGAAGAUAACGAAGACCAGGAUGUCGCUAGAGCCAAGGAAAGAAUGACGUUGAAACACAAGACCAAUUCUAAAUGGGCCAAAGAUAUGAUCAAACAUGGUAUGACAAAUGACGCUGAAACCAGAGAAGAAAUGGAAGAAAUGUUAAGACAAGGUGAACGUCUAAAGACAAAGAUCUUGGAUAGAAAUCCUGACGACGAUAAUGAUGAUCGUGUGCAAACCUUGAGUGAUAUUGAAAAUGAAGAAGAAAACAAAGACGCUGCACAAUUGAAGGGUAAGGUGGGCAAGACCGGGGUUAUGAAUAUGGCCUUUAUGAAGAAUGCAGAAGGUAGAGAAAGAGACGCUAACGAAGAAGCUUUACGUAAAUUGAAGGCUGUUGAAAAUGGUGGUGACAUUGAACUUUUUGAAAGUGACAAAGAAGAAACAAAUGGAGAAAAUAUUCAACUAAAUAAAGGUAGAAGAAUAUACACACCUGGUACAUUGGAUUCUAAUAAAGAGAUGGACGAACUAAAUGCCCAUACCAGAGGAGAGCACGAGAUUGACGAAUCUAGAAGUUUGGAAAACAGGUUAAAGGCCAAGAACGGUAAACAAGCGAAAGUCUUUAAGACUAAUGCAGAAGGUGCAAUGAUCGUGGAGGAACCUAGUGAUGAAGAACCCGUUCAAGAUAGUCAACCCCCACAGGAAGACGUCGAGGCAAAGAAUGCUAACCCAUGGUUAGUUGAUGAAAGUGAUGACGAAAGUGCCAUCAGAAAGCAAUCCUCUAAAGUCACCGUUGUUGACAAAGACAGUUCCAAAAACGCUAAAUCCAUGAAUAAAAUGAAUAAAUCUGAAUUGAAGCAAAAAUCAAAAAAGAAAGGUGGUAAAUCGAACGGCGAUGAAGAUCUUUUGCUAAAAGCAGACGAUUCCACAAGAUUAAAGAUAGUGGAUCCAUAUGGUGGCUCGGAUGACGAACAAGGUGGCAAUGAAUUUAUGUUUAAACAGCAGGAGGUCAUUGCUGAAGCGUUUGCUGGGGAUGAUGUUGUAGCGGAGUUCGAAGAAGAAAAGAAGCGUGUCAUAGAUGAUGAAGACGACAAAGAAGUGGAUACCACUUUGCCGGGCUGGGGUGAAUGGGCUGGUGUAGGCUCUAAACCAAAAAAUAAGAGACGGAAAUUUAUCAAGAAAGUUAAGGGGGUUGUGAAUAAAGACAAAAGAAAGGACAAGAGUCUGCAAAAUGUGAUUAUAAAUGAAAAGGUAAACAAGAAAAACCUGAAAUAUCAAUCAUCUGCAGUACCAUUCCCAUUCGAAAACAGAGAACAAUAUGAGAGAUCCUUACGUAUGCCGAUUGGCCAAGAAUGGACAUCUAGAGCAUCUCAUCAAGAGCUUAUUAAACCAAGAAUUAUGACUAAACCAGGUCAAGUCAUUGACCCAUUAAAGGCACCAUUUAAAUAA